GCGCGCGUGCGCAGGCGACACGCUGUGGGACGAAGCCGAGCCGCUGAAUCGCCGCCAGGUCUGCUCCGGCUGCACGCCACCCGCCGCACCGCCGCCCGCGUCCUUCUCCUCCUCCUCCUCCUCCGCCAACGCCGCCGCCGCCGCCGCCAUGGGAGUGCAGGUGGAGACCAUUUCUCCUGGAGACGGGCGCACCUUCCCGAAGCGCGGCCAGACCUGCGUGGUGCACUACACGGAUGAGUGUGGGUCAGAGAGCCAAACUGACAAUCUCCCCAGAUUAUGCCUAUGGAGCCACUGGGCACCCAGGCAUCAUCCCACCACAUGCCACUCUGGUCUUCGAUGUGGAGCUUCUAAAACUGGAAUGACAGAAGUGGCCUCCUCCCUUAGCUCCUUGCACAUGGAUCUGCCAUGGAGGGAUCUGGUACCUUCAGACGGGUGCACAUGAAUCCAUGUGGAGCUUUUCCUGAUGCCACCACUCUUUGUAUAGACACCUACCCGACUGAAUGUGUUCCGUCACUCGGCUUUGCUUCGGACACCUCCAUGUCCUCUUCCUUCUCUGUAUGUGUGUUGACCUAAACUAUAUGUCAUAAACCUCAAGUUAUUUUGUUUUGGGGUGAAGAUUCAAUUUAAGUCUUUCAGAUCUAGGUUUCCAAUGAAGUAUAUUGUCAAGUAUUAACAGCACAAGCGAUGGGUUAACUUUAGAAUAGGAAUUGGUGUUGGGGGUGGGAUUUGCAAGAAUUUUUAUUUUAUUUUAAUUUUUUGGAUGAAAAAUUUAUUAUAUAUUAAGACAUUCUUGCUGCUGUGCUGCAAAGCCAUAGCAGAUUGGAGAUGCUGUUGAGGGCUGGAUUUUUCUCCAGUGCGGGAAGUCCUAUUAAAUUGAAAGCCCUACCCAAACUGAAGUGGGAAGGGAGGGAGCGAGCCUUUGACAGCCCUCCCACCUUCUGAAACCGUCUGCCUUGUAAAGCAGGUCCCUUUACUGCUGUGUUAGACACUACAGUCCCUGUCCCUGGGUCGGCAGGGAUCUUUGAAGCCUUCUUUGUGACCUGGCUUAAUUUGUUUUUCAUCCUAUGGUUUUUCUAAUGGAUUUUCAGGACUUUUGUAAUCUUGUAACUAUCCAAGCUCCACUUCCUAAAUUUUAAGAACUUUAAUGGAAAGUUUAAAUUGAAGGUGCUGUUUGUAGACUCACCACCCAAUGGACGCCCAGUCGUCACUACAAAUCCUUGAGUGUUCUCUAAGAAGAUGAUGCUGGUCAUCACAGCUUCAGCAUCUCCUGGGUUCUGAUGCUUGGCUCUCUCUGCUAAUCUUGGCUUUCUGGCUUUUCCUCCCUCAGUUCCUUCUCACCCUCUGCUGUCCUGUGUAGUGAUUUGGUGAGAGAAAGUACGCUUUUGUCCCUUGCCCUCUGCACCACAUAUGCGUUUUAAGUUUUAUUAUUGCAAUAAAAGUGCUUUAUGCUGGCUUUUCUCAGCUCUGUGUCAUGGUGGUUGCUUGCACGGUGCCUCAUGCCCCUUUUAGCACAGAUUGGUAGGUAUGUAGGGUCCAGGGUUAUAUCUUGACAGCCAGCAUUAGCCCUUGGCUGUGUUGGUAGGUGGGUGGGGAUGGUAGGCUAACUCAAAAGAACUGCCUGGGACCUGCUAGGGCAGUCAUGGGUCCUGCCCUCCUGUCUCUCACAGCCUUUAACUGUCACAGAGAAGUAGAGGAUCCAACCUGCUUUCAGCAGAGUCAAGCUGGAGUUUUAUAAACAAUUGUGUGAAUGAAUAUGGAGAGGAUGUAGGAAUUUAAAUGUGUGUCCUUCAUGAGAUAGCGUGGAAAGACUGCCUUGUUUUUUUUCUGUCCUAUCUUCUCUGUUCCCCUUCCUCCAUCCUGUAGGUGCCAGUAAUGUUUCUCUUACUGAGAAUUAACGCUGAUCACCAAGAUGCCCCAUAAUACCCUGACAAAUCCUUUAUAAUUGCUCUGGAGUUGGACGUAGUGACAGACACCUUUAAUCCCAGCACUCAGAAGGCAGAGGCAGGUGGAUCUCUGAGUUCUGGGCUAACCUGGUCUACAUAUUGAGACCCUGUAUCUUUAAAAAAGAAAAGAAAGUGCUCGUUUCAGCAGCACAUAUACUAAAAUUGGAACGAUACAGAGAAGAUUGGCAUUGACCCCCGUGGAAGGAUGACACUCAAAUUCACGAAGCGUUAAAACAAAAAAAAAAAAAAAGGAAAAGAAAAGAAAAAAAUUGUUUUGCUUAGUCAUUUUAAAUACAGAGGUUGUCAAACAUUGGAAUAAUGGUUGGUUUUCUAUUUUUUUAGCAUUCUUGUGGAGGUCAAAGGACUACUUACAAAAGCCAGUUUUCCUGCUAUCUGGGUCAUGGGGAUGCAGCACCUUCACCUGUCUUGCUAGUCUGAAUAAUGGUUUUUAAAAAUACUUUCCUUAAAUUAUUUUAAUUUAGAUUUCUAGAGUAAUAGCCUAGAGUUACAUUUUAAUUUUUCUCAAAAGUUAUUUUAUCAGAUUUGUCAAAAUGAUAGUUUUGGUGACUGCCUAUUUAUUUAAAAACUGUUGAUGUUGGAUACAUACCUUCUUUGUUACAUUUCACUUCAGUUCCCCUAAUAAAUAUAGAAGGCAG